UGCGGCCCGAGCAGGCCCUGAGGCGCCUGGUGGUGCGCGUGGACCCGGCCAUCCUGGAGGACGCUGGCGCCGACGUGCUGCUGGAGGCCCUGAGCGACCUGGGCUGUGAGCCCCUCCUCCAGCCCCAACACCCUGCCCGCAGCCUCCUGUGGAGUAGGGUCAGGCCUGACCCCUGCCCGGGCGGCGUACCUCCAGAGGUGUGGGCUGCAGACCAGGAGCUGCUGCAGCUGCUGAAGCCCCAGGAGUUCCUGCAGAGCGUGGUCCAGCUCACGCAGCUCUCUGGCCCGACCUGCUCAGUGCCCUGGCUCUCUUCUGAGAGCCCUGCCCGCCUCCACCUGGCUGUCGUUGGACUGGAUGCCUACCUGUGGUCUCACGGGGACCCUGACCAGGGCAAGCAGUGGCCACAAGGUCCCGCAGCAGCCCGUGCCCAGGUGGCCAUUGGCUGGCCUGAGGUGGAGGAGGCCCUGGUGCUGCUGCAGCUCCAGGCAGAUGCAGACGUGCUGCUGGUGGCCUCCUGGCAAGAGCUGAGCCAGCACGUAUGUGCCUUCACCAGAGCCUUCGCCCAGCGCCCCUUCAAGCGGUACCAGCAGCUCCAGGCCUUUCCCUUCUGCACGGCAGGCCGCUGGGCAUCUGGCGAGCGGGUGGCGAGAGAUGGCACAGGGCUGCGGGGGGUUUGGUGGAGGCAGAUCAGGCAGCUACACCGGGUCAGCCCGGCUGUGGCCGAUGCCGUUGUCACCGCCUUCCCCUGCCCCCGCCUUCUGCAGCAGGCCCUGGCAGCCUGCAGCACAGAGCAGGAACGCCUGGGUCUUCUGGCUCACAUCCCCGUCAAGGACAGUGAGGGCAGGCGCCCCCGCAGGGUGGGGCCUGACCUCUCCCGCCGCAUCUGCCUCCUCCUGACCACUACCAACCCUGAUCUCCUGCUGGACCUGGGCUCCUGACCACUCCUGCGGGACCGAGGACACGCCUCUUCCUGCCAAGUAGGAGACGGCCAGCUGCCACCUGGGCACUGGCCGACACCUGAGGGUGGCCCGGUGCCAGUGGCACCAGCAACCCGGGUUUAGUUCACCUCAAGGCAGGGCAAGGGCACAGAGAAAGGUCAAGAGUGAUCGGGACGAGCAGAGGAAGUUCUCUUCCAGGCAAGCAGCCCCAGGUCCACAGCGUACUCAUCUGCCCUGGGCCCAGCCAUGCUGGUCACAGGGGACCCUGAGACAGGGCCUGCCUUGCUGGGGGACAGCACCCAGGUCCCCUCUGCUCCCUGCAGGCUGGGGGUGUCACCUUCAGAGACAGAAAAAUGGUGUUUCCAAGGAAACACUUCCCAGGGGAGCCAGGACACCCAGACCCAAAGGCAAACCACCAAUGCUAAAGGCCAGGCCGGGCUGGCGCAGCGUCAGCAGAAAUUGCGUUUAUUACAGUCGUUAGGUCUCUGAUGGGAGUGGCAGCUGA